ACUAUGCUAGUAAGUAACCACAUGCCGGCCAGAUGCAGCCCACUUCGCCCGAACGCGGGCCGGACUUUUUCGGUCGAGGGGGGCGGGUGUGGCGGCGCUGACGGUCCGACCGGCGAACGACCGACAGGUGACGAUGUCAUCAGUAAAAGUGGAAUGCGUUGUGAAGGAGAGCGCUUCGAUUGGUGAAGGGCCAGUGUGGGAGGAGUCAGAACAGACGUUGAUGUUUGUCGACAUUACUGGGCAGAAAAUCCACAGAUGGAGUCCAUCAACCAAUCAAAUCCAGUCUUUGGAAACAGGUGGGACGGUGGGCUUUGUGGUCCCUCGCAGGUCCGGUGGUUAUGUUGCAGGUGUGGGCCGUAGCAUCGUGGCUGUUGAUUGGUCCACUCAGGUGAUGACAUCAUUGGUGGUGGUUGACGAGGACAAAACAAACAACCGACUGAACGACGGAAAGGUCGAUCCAAUUGGACGCCUGCUGGCAGGUACGAUGGGGAGGGAGGAGCAACCUGCUGAGGUUCGGAAACAAGGGUCCCUAUUCUCUGUAAACUUUGACCUCAGCGUGACCAAACACCUGAGCCAGGUGGACAUAUCUAACGGCAUGGACUGGUCUUUGGACCAGAAGACGUUUUUCUACAUCGACAGUUUGUCUCUGACAGUCGACGCCUUUGACUAUGACACAAACAGCGGAGAAAUUGGUAACCGCCGCGUGGUGUAUCGUAUGGAAAAAGGGGAGGGGCUGCCUGACGGGAUGACAGUCGAUUCUGAUGGUUGUCUCUGGGUGGCCUGUUAUAAUGGAGGAAGAGUCAUCAACAUCGACCCCGUUACUGGUGUGCGGCUUCAGACUGUCUCUCUGCCAGUGACAAAGACAACAUCAUGUUGUUUUGGCGGUCCAGACUACUCUGACCUUUAUGUGACCUCAGCCUGUCUGGGCCUCAACGAAUCAGGGAGAAGACAACAGCCACUGGCUGGAAGCACCUUCAGGGUGACAGGACUUGGCGUCAAAGGUCAGCCUUCGAAUGCUUUCUCUGGAUGAUCACUUGUCACUCGACAGUUUUUUUUGUAGGAAGAGAUUAAUUAACCGAAGUGAUUAAUUAAUGAUGUUGUUUUACAGCAUUUUAAGAACGCAGAUAAAAUGAAUGAGUCAGGAAAAAAAUGAAUAGCAAAUCAGGUCAAGUGAAUUAAGUAUUACGCCUAAAUGUGCCGUAGAAUAAUUUGUAAAAUUAUAUGAAGUGGCCUUACAUAUAUCAAAAACUAAGUAUAAAUAAACUAUGUGUCUUAUACACUUUUGCAACUUA